AUGGGAGUUGGACGUCGCAUGAAGAAACAGGGCAUGCCCGAUAAACUCGAUGAAGCUCAUUUCACGAAUUUGAAGAGAAAAGCCGGCAUGAGCGUGACGGAAUCGAGAGCCGAAUCGCAGCAGUAUGUCAAGAAACAACGAACUGGCACAACAGAGGGAGAACCUGAGGUUAGGACUAUGGGUGUGAGAGAGGAGAAGAGGAGGAAGAAGGCUGCUGCUGUGGCGAAAGCUGAGAAGGAAAAAGGAAAGGACUCGAAGAAGAGCAAGAAGCCUUUUACGAAUGGGCUACCUGCUGCGGAACCUGUGAAGAAGAGCAAGAAGAAACCCGAGACAAUGCCUUUGCCUAUGUCGGAUGAGGAAAUGGGCGACGACCCGGACUCGGACGAUCUCAUGGGUGAUGAGUUUGAUGUUUCUGGAGAGGAAACUGGGGGAUUGGGAGAUGACUUCUUGGACUCUGGAAGUGAGGUGUAUGAUUCCGGCGAUGAUCAUGCGACCAAGGCUAUGUUCUCGGAGGACGAGGACGAGUCGGAUGCUGAGGAGAAACUUACUGCUGCGAAUAUUGCUGGGUUAACGAGAAAACUGGAUGAGCAGAUGAUGGAGGAUGAAGCGAAUGCGCAAGCCGAGUUAGAAGAAGCUGCUAUGCAGACGAAUAUCGCUGGAGACAAACCACAUAUCUUUGACGACAUCGACGACGAAGAGGCUGGCGGUGUCAAGACCAAUGCUUUAUUAGCACCCGAUUUGCAGUUAUUACGGACGAGAAUUAACGAUACUGUACGAGUACUAGACGAUAUGGCAAAUCUUGCCGAGGAAGGACGAUCGAGAGCGGAUUACACGGGCCAAUUGAUCAAGGAUAUUUGCGCAUACUAUGGCUACUCUCAAUACCUCGCCGAGAAACUUUUUAACUUAUUUCCUCCAAAGGAAGCAUUCGCAUUUUUCGAAGCCAACGAAACUGCCCGUCCUGUCGUCAUCCGUACCAAUACUCUCAGAACCCACCGAAGAGAUCUCGCAACCUCACUCAUCAAUCGUGGUGUAACUCUUGAGCCUGUUGGGAAAUGGUCGAAAAUUGGUUUACAGGUUUUCGAAUCAGCCGUUCCCCUCGGUGCUACUCCUGAAUACCUCGCCGGCCACUACAUUCUCCAAGCUGCCUCCUCUUUCCUCCCCGUUAUGGCUCUUGCUCCCCAGGAAAACGAACGAGUUCUCGAUAUGGCUGCUGCUCCCGGUGGAAAAACGACACAUAUUGCAGCACUCAUGAAAAACACCGGUGUCAUAUUUGCAAACGAUAGCAACAAGUCCCGUGCAAAGGGUCUGAUCGGUAACAUCCACCGCUUAGGUGCCAAGAAUACCAUCGUGUGCAAUUACGAUGCUCGGGAAUUUCCUAAGGUUAUGGGUGGGUUUGAUCGUGUCUUACUUGAUGCUCCAUGUUCAGGCACUGGAGUCAUCGCCAAAGACCCAAGUGUUAAGACCAACAAGGAUGAGAAGGAUUUUCUUAUGCUUCCUCAUUUGCAAAAACAGCUUCUUCUCGCCGCGAUUGAUUCCGUUGACCAUGCCAGCAAAACUGGUGGUUACAUCGUCUACUCCACCUGUUCCGUCACUGUUGAAGAAAACGAACAAGUCGUCCAAUACGCCCUGAGCAAACGACCCAAUGUCAAACUCGUGGAAACCGGCUUGGUCUUCGGAAAGGAGGGAUUCACAGCUUACAUGGGCAAAAACUUCGAUAAAUCUAUGAAGAUGACGCGACGAUACUAUCCUCACGCCUACAACGUGGAUGGUUUCUUUGUUUCCAAGUUCAAGAAGACGGGUCCUUCGAUUGCUGCUUCGGUUGCUGCAUCGUCUGCGAAUGCACCAAAGAAGGAGGUUGAUGAUGAUCUGGAGGUUGAUAGACGGCCGAUCCCCGAAAAUGAGGAGGGGGAGGAAGAGCCAUUUGGGGGCUGGGAGGAGGACGAGGAUGAAGUUUAUAUGGAGCGGGCACAGAGAAUUUUUCUUAAGAGAAAGGGUAUUGAUCCUAAUGCUAGUCGGGGCGAUGCGACGAAGCAGAAGGAUAAGAAGAACAAGGGAUCCAAACCGAAGGACUCCACGUCAGAUGUUGUUAUGAAGGACGCGGUGGAUAAAUCUACGGUGCAGGAGAAGAAGAAGGGUAAGAGUAAGAGUGAGAAGACGAAGAAUGUCUCGAAAGAUGUCGUUAUGGAGGAUGCUGCGGAAAGGUCUCCCGUGCAGCAGAAGGAAAAGAAAAGUAAGAAGAGUAAGGCCCCUAAAACCAAGGAUGUGGUGAUGGAGGAUGUGGUUGAGAAGAAGAGUGAGGUCGUUGUGGAACAGGGGGGGAAGAAGAGUAAGAGUACGAAAACGAAGGAGGUUAAGAAGAAGAGUUCUAAAAGGAAUCUCAAGGAUGUUUGA